CCCAGGAAAAAAAGGGAGCUCCAAAUCCCACCCAAUUUCUCCCAUCAUAAUUCUUUUUUUAUUUCUAUCCCCUACCUUUACCCGCACUACCGGUAUCUUACCGGUAUUUUUCUGUUCCGUUUACUGUACUUCGGGCGCUCGUGUUCCUACAUUCCUCUCCCAUCUACCGGCGCUCUCCCCCCUUUCCAACAAGAGACACGAAGUGGCUCUUCAGUUCAUCGAACCCGCCAGCUGCGGGUCCUUGACGUCACGCUAGAUACCUUGCCAAACCCCAAAUGCCCUCCCCACGCAGACUAAAAUUAAUAGCCGUAGCGGCGGUAACGAUGUUUUUGAUUGUUAUCUACUACAACAGCGGAAGAGAUGCCGUCAAGAGGGAAACAUACAUGCAAACCAUGCAAAAAGCCGCCCUGGACCGGGAGAACGCGGGCGUGGGAAACCGCCUCCGCGAAGCAGCCGAUGCAGCGAAGAAAGCAGCGGACAUGAAGGCCGGGCCAAAACCUGAUUCUCCGAGGGCAGUGGAGGCGGUCAUGAAGGGUCGAUUGGAACAGGGGCCGAUCGGGAAGGAGGGGGGUGAUGGGGGUGGGCACAGCGCUAUAGAUGAGUUGGCAGGGAUAUUGAAGAGGUCGCCUAUAAUCAUCUUCUCAAAAACCUACUGCCCACACUCCCGCGCCGCAAAGGACCUCUUCCUGCACGCCUACAAGAUCGUGCCCGCGCCCCACGUCGUCGAACUAGAUAGCCAUCCCCACGGCGCGGAAUUGCAGGACUUGCUGGCGAAGCAGACUGGGCGGCGGACCGUUCCUAACAUCAUGAUAUCUGGAAAAUCCAUCGGCGGAAACGACGACGUGCAGCAACUGGAGAGGGAAGGGCGAUUGGGCGAUACUAUACACAGCAUGGGCGGAAAGCGGAUUAUGAAGGUGUUGAAGCUUAAGGAGUGAUCCUCCAAUGCUUCUGUUUGUUUCCUUGUUCCAUUUGUUUGUUUGUUGGAGGUGAGGAUGGCGGGGGGUCUCGAAGGUGUAUUCUUAAUCACGGUUGCCUGUUGUUCCUUGCUGCUGCUGUGAAGCGCUGGUCGGUGGUCUCGAUAGGAAUGAGAAAUAGGCGGUGGGAAUAAUAGAAGACUGCGGGGAUGGUAUAAUGAAAUGUGUUGCAGAUGG